AUGCUGCAAGCCAACCUUCCAGUGGGCCCAGGGCCCUCCAGCAUCUUUGAGCCUGCAGUGGCACCAUUUCCACCUCCCGAACAAUCAGCCACCGACCUCUCCCAGCGCUUUUAUCGAACAGUCAACGGCGUGGAGGAGCCUCACUCGCCUAUCCCAGACUCGCCCGCGCCCCGAGAAACGCCCGGAACCACCGCCAAACGAACAGCACGGCAGGAGCAGGCGCUCCAAGAGACUCGACUCGGGGCCCUCGACACCCUUCAUCUCUGCCGCAACGUCAUCACGACCCUCGAGCUCACCCGACUGCGCAAGUCCCGCAUCGGCCUUUACAACUGGCUCGGGUUCUGGGACCGGCUGUACGAGCGACCCUUCGCACACAGCCUCGCGUCCUGCGUCAGCACGGCGCUCUCUAAAAUCGACACGUUGUUUCGGGCUGUCUCGCACGACCUUCACCAGCUGACGCAGCGCACCGAAAGCGCCGUGGUAUCCUCGACCUCCGAGCGCGAGAUCUUCUACCUACUGGAGCGCAUGGAAGAUGACGUGGGGGUGCGGCGUCUCCGUCGCCGACGUAAGGCGCAGGUCAUCCUGAACAGGAUGCGUGCCGAGCUGGAGAUGAUUCCCAUGAAGGUGGGCAACCAUCUGUUCGAUGACAUGAAGCGCGGCGUAUUUGCCCUGGACGUCGCCUGCGACUAUCACCCUGGAGACUCGGUCGCUGAGGCCCACGAAACUACCUGGCCCCAUCAUUUCAUCGGCCAGCCUGUCGGUUACGUUGAGCUUUCGCCUUACCUGUACCAGCAGUCUCAGCAGUCUGGGGCGUCGGCGGCUUCGGGAGCGUUCAUGCCCUUGGGGUCGUAUACGGCGAAUAACACCUCUCUGGGCUCUUUGGAUAUCGAUGGUGAUGGGUGGACUGGUCGUCCGACUCGGAGAUAUGAUCCGUGGUGA